UUUUCCUCGACAAAUCCUAACCACACACAAAAGGCCCUAUUUUAAAUUUCUGAGGAGAAAAACUAAACAGAAAAAUCGAGGAAAAUAUGCUGCUAGCAGGGGUGAGCGGGCCGAGGCUUCUCGUGUCGACUGUCGACGCCUUCUUCGCCCUCUCCGUCCGGCUUCCGCCUCAGCUGAACUCAUGCGCUAUUUCCCAGGCCGCCAUUCCCACUAGGGUUUUCGGAUUAUUAGGUUUCUAGAACCUUUCUUCGCCGCCCCCCCCCCCCCCCCCCCCAGACCCCAUGCACGCUCCGCCGCUGGUCGCGUUCGCAGGGGGCGCCUGCCCCGCUUCCGCUGCCUCCUCGCUGUCGCCCUGGUUGGCCUCGCUGCGGCCCGCCAUCGUUGCUGCGCCGGCGAGGCUGCUAUGGUUCCGCCGCGGGGCACUCCGGCUGGAAGCCAAGGCCGCGUGGAGGGCUACCGGAGGGGGACGGGGCCCGCGGGUCCCGGCCAAGGGCGCUGUGCUCGCCUCCUAUAUGGGUGCCGAGGAGGUGGUGGGACCCUUGUCGCUGCUCGACGAGGAAGAGCUCAUUUUGCACAUAAGAAAGGAACGGGAUAAUGGAAAACUUCCUGCAGAUGUUGCCAUUAACUUGGAGGAGCUGUAUUAUAAUUACAGGAAUGCAGUCCUGCAAAAUGGUGAUCCUAAUGCAUAUGAGAUCAUGCUUUCAAAUAUGACAGCUUUGUUUGAUCGUGUUCUACUGGAUGUACAGAAUCCAUUUACCUUUCCACCGUAUCACAAAGCUGUGCGGGAACCAUUUGACUAUUACAUGUUUGGUCAGAACUACAUUAGGCCUCUGGUAGAUUUCAGGAACUCCUAUGUUGGCAACAUUUCCCUUUUCCAUGACAUGGAAGAGAAGCUCCACCAGGGCCACAAUGUUGUUUUGAUGUCCAACCAUCAGACAGAAGCAGAUCCAGCAAUUAUCGCCUUGCUUCUUGAAAAAACCAAUCCAUGGAUUAGUGAAAACAUAGUUUAUGUUGCUGGCGAUAGGGUUGUUACCGAUCCACUUUGCAAGCCAUUUAGCAUGGGAAGAAAUCUCAUUUGUGUGUACUCGAAAAAGCAUAUGAAUGAUUUUCCAGAGCUAAUUGAGAUGAAGAGGAGAUCAAACACUCGGAGCCUCAAGGAAAUGGCCUUGCUUUUACGUGGUGGUUCACAGCUAAUUUGGAUUGCACCGAGUGGUGGUAGAGAUCGCCCAAAUCCUUCAACAGGAGAGUGGUACCCGGCGCAUUUUGAUUCAUCCACAGUGGACAAUAUGAGGAGGCUUCUGGAGCAUGCUGGUGUUCCUGGGCACAUAUAUCCACUAUCAUUACUGUGCUACGAGGUUAUGCCUCCACCACAACAGGUCGAGAAAGAGAUUGGUGAACAGAGGGUGAUAUCCUUCCAUGGAGUAGGCUUGUCAGCAACUGAAGAAACAAAGUAUGGGGAUAUUACUUGUCAUACCAAGAAUGCUGAUGAGUUGACAGGUUAGAAACCGUGUUUCGACAGCUGACAGGUUAAAGAAGCGAGGCCUCCUUCAUCCGGAACAUUUUUUUGUGACCAAGAAGAGGAGGACGUUUAACACAUUCUUACCACCUGUGUCUUUGCCCGAGACUUCGGGCAUAAAAUCUUAGCUCCUCUUGGCCUUGCUUCAAAAGCUCCUAGGCGGCAUGAAUGGUUCUUUACAGAUUGGUGGAGGAAGGUUUGCAGAAAUCUCCAAAGGGUCUCAACUCUGCUAUCAUCCUGGGGGCUUGGACUUUAUGGAAACUUUGUAAUGCUUGUGUUUUUGAAGGAGCCCAACUGCGGGUACAAGCUGCUGUGCAUGACUAUUUGGAGGAGCGCCACCUGUGGUGUUCGGCUGGAGCGGUUAAGCUCAGAGAGUUAGGGCUAAGGGUUGGAGUUCCUUAGGGCUCUAGUGUGUGUUGUGGUCAAGUGCUUCUUUUUCUUUAGACCAGCUCUCUCUUUAGUUUGUCUCGGUUCAACCCCUCACUCUUGGUUCGGAGUGGGGGUGUAGUUUUACUUUUAUAAGAACCCUCCCUUCUCUCUUCUACCUUAAUACAAUGAUACAUAGCUCUUCUGCGUAUUCAAGUAAAAAAAAUUGAUAAUAGAUUUUGAGUGUUACAAGCAAAUAAGCUUCUACAGAUUUGAUUGUUCUCUUACCGAAGGCAACUAGUAUUGCCAAAUCUCGUAUACAUUAAUUGAUUUAAAUGGUGGAAAUGUCUGGAUAUCUAGGCUGUUAGGAAAGUUGAUAUUCAUACAUUGGCCUAGUAAUUUGGCGCCUUUCGUGUAUGACUUUGUAGAAUGGACCAACACUGGUUUUCUGCUGUAGGGGCUUCCCCUACAGUUUUCCCGAUAAAAAAAACACUGGUUCAUUUCUCUUUUCUCCAUGCCAUGAAAAAAUCAUAAUAAAAGGGUGCAUUCUUAUUUUUGCUUAUUGAUGGAAUUCAAGCUCUUGCAUCAGUGUGCAAUAUUGAUUAUAUUAUCAUUUUUUUCUUUUUGACUUCAUAUUAACAAACCCUACUGAUUGUACUUGGAGUUGGUUGAAUGGUUCUGUUGCAAUGUAAGUUUCGCAUUGCUCUCGAUCUUUAAUCCCUUGUUCUUUGAGACAAAAGGGUAUCUUAUUAGUAAGAAGUAUUAAGUGUCCAUGAUACUAACUUAACAUAGUGCCUAUAACUUUCAUAAGGUUUUGUUAGCUUGUUGCUCACUGGGCUUGUCUUUGUUUGUUUAAUUUUGUUGUAUAUCCCUUGGAAAUUUGUUAGUGAUUAUGACUUCUGCUUCUC